AUGAGCUCCAAGGAAGUCGACAGGGCGCACGUCGUGCAAUGGCGUGUCGCUGUAGCCUACCCCGUCCGCCAGUUUCGAUCUCUCACCAAACUCACCAUCCGCCCUCGUCCAUCCCACCGCGAUCGAGUUGUCCGCACGCUCAACACCUUCCCCAACCCGUCCUUCACCGCCGGAGCUCUCCUGCGCUCGUCCGCCCGCCGCCCAUGCCUACAACCGAGCCGUCACGCACUGUCGCCGCACCGCGACACACCAUCGUCUGCGGAGGAGUACCAGGAGAAGGGGAAAGCGCUCCCGCUUUAG